ACUUCGUUUAUAGUCAUAAGUAUAUGAUCUGCGUUAAAAUUCCAGGAAGACCAAAAUUAUAAGUCCAGAAUAAUUCCCUGAAAAAUGUCUAGAUGUCAAAAUCACCUCCCAGAUGGCGAGACAUGGUGUAUGAUACAACGCACUAAGUAUACAACAGAGGUACAGAACAAAAAUUUUCACUUCCAGUAAAUGAUGUCCAGGUGUCAUGAUGAUCAUGAGGUUAACCCAUUAUAUUUAUGAUAAAUGAUAUAUGGUGCUACCUUUUAAAUUAUACCAAGUUUAACCACAAAUAAACCUCAUUUAUAAUCAUAAGUAUAUUUUUAGCGUUAAAAUUCUAGGAAGACCAAAAUUCCAAGAAGUCAAGGAAAAUUCCCUGAAAAAUCCGGAAAGUGCAAAAUUUCAUCGUUUCAUUAAAAUAUUUCAAUAUUGAAGCACCAAAGAGAAAAAAAUAAAACGGUAGGAAUAUUCUUUGAUGUUAGGACUCAUGUGACAGUUAAAAAAAUUUUAAUUAGAGUUGGAGGAAUUUGAAUAAUUUGAACUGGAAAUGGGGUUUUGCAGAGGUGAGACAGGUAUGCCUGCCACUAAAACUGAGUUGCUUGACAGUAUCGAGAAGUAUGUCGUGAAAGAAUAGAAGAGCACGUCUUUUAAAAACAAUCGCCCUGGAAAGAAAUGGUACUACGUCAUCCAAACAUUAGUUUACGUACAGCUCAAAGUCUUAAUCUUGUACGAGCUGGAGUGACAGAAGAUGAUUUGCGAAACUGGUUUGAAGAAGUCAAAAAAUAUUUACAAAAAAAAGAUUUAAUAGAUAUACAUGCUUCUAAAGUGUUCAAUUGUGACGAAACCUACAUUCAGUUGCAUCCCAAACCUGAUAAAGUGUUAGUAGAGAAAGGUGCACGCACAGUCUACAAGGUCAUCGAUGCUCGAGAAAGGGAGAAUGCAACAGUAUUGUUCAUGUACAAUACCCAGGAAACAAGGGCACCACCGAUGGUCUUGUACAAAUAUGCAUCAGAACUCCCAAAGAAAAUGAUACAUAAUGUUCCAGAAGGCUGGGGUGUUGGCACAUUACCAGAGUUUUUUAUCCGUGGCUAGUAAAAUGUGAAAUAGAAUUUCCAGUUGUUGUGUACAUGGAUGGGCAUGCAUCGCAUGUUAUUAUGCCACUUGUAAAUUUCUGUGUAGAAAGGCAAAUACAACUAAUCACAUUGUUCCCACAUUCGACACACAUUACCCAGCCUUUGGACAUUUCUUUUUUUCAUCCGCUCAAAGAUGUUUAUAAUAAAAAAGCAGUCCCUAAGUGGAAAAAUGAAAACAAUAAUAGGCGAUUGAGAAAAGAAGAUUUCCCUAGAGCUUUAGAAAUAGCAUUGGAGUUAUUUACAGAAGAGAGAAAAGUAAUCGUCAAUGGUUUUAAAACUGCAGGAUUGUAUCCGUUCAACCCUGAUAAUGUCGAUUAUAAUGUCUUGAAGAAAAGCAAGAAAGGCAAAAAGAAGUCUGUUGAGUCUGAAAAGUUAAAAGAAAACGAAUCUCCUGAAAGCACUUCAACAGAAGAAGACUGUUUGAAUCAUUUUGAAAAAAAUUUACUUCCAACGCUGUUAAUGUUUUUCAAAUCUUGUGAAUAAUCUGGAGAGUGGAUUGGUUCCGUAGAAAAUAAAGGUUUAUUUACUUAUUGGCUUAUGCUCAAGAAGAAAACUACUGGUUUGAUUUUCAGCACAUGACAAUUAAUAUUAUUUGAUGAUUUUAAGUAAUUAUUUAUUUUUAUACUUAGGUAAACUUCUAAUAGAAAAUAAUGAAAUUUUAGUUGUAAAUAAUGAAAGUAUUAGGCCUUAAAUCACAUUACAGAAGAGCAAGUAGCAACUCUGUCUAACGCAUUAGUUCAAUCAACUCAGGAGGAUUUUGAGAGAGAUCAUACUGUUAGCGAAGAAGUAGUAACUGUGCCUGAUGAAAGUACAACAUUUUUGGGUGGACCCACAGAAAACCAAUUAUACACGAUUUUACCUCCAGUCAUAUUUAUUUCCAUUAGAAAGUCUCAGUACUGUAAGUUCAGUAACUGAUUUGGAUUCAGCGGCAUCAAAAGAUGCUCUUUUAUUAAACGUUCCAGUAAUAAAUCAACUUGGUCAAGCUGACGAAGGCAUAUCCAGAGAAAUCAGUGACUCUCAACAUAGUUUGAGUUCUGAAAGGGAAACUAUUGAACUCGUUCCAGAAACAACAAAAAAACUUCAUACAGUUGACAAUGGCAUUCUCAGAGAGAUCAUCGAACCAACCAAUCAACGUAGUUUAGUUUCUGAAGGAGAAGCUACUAAAGAAAAAUCAAAUCUAGAAAACCAAGAAGAAUAUGCAAAAGAUGAUUCGCUCAAAAAGCAAAAAGAAAAUUUCAUUCAAUCAUUUACUCUUCCGACUGAAUAGUUGCCUAAGAAUAAAAAAAUUAAACUGGAAGCCAAGAACAAAAAAAAGCUACCUGUAAUAGGGACUUCUGAGGAAUAGCUACGAAUUCAAGCUGAAAAGGAGCAAGAGAAAAUAAUAAAAGAAGAGAAAUUAGUGAAAAAGGAAGGAUUACAGGAAAAGGAAAAGCAGUUAGCCGAAGAAAAAAAGAGGUCACAGAAUGAAAUGAAACUGCUUCAACAAAAAAUCAAACAAAAAACUAAAUAAGUUAUUGACUAUUUAUUAGUUCGCGUUACUGAAAGUAUUAUUAUUAUAAGUAAUUUAAGCUAAAGUCAUUCGUUGCAUGAAAAAUGAAAAA